CCAAUUGCGCAUGCGUGAUAAUAUCAAAACACCGAAUAAAGAGGGAUGCUGCAUGAGGAUAUUUCAAUAAAAACAAUGCCUGGUGGAGCCUGCAGUGUCUACAGUAUAAUCUCAGUGUGACAGCUCGCUGAAUGGACAACGUUAACAUGUCAGCCUCUGGGGGGACAGCGGAGGACAUGGAGGGGAUCUGUGUCAUGCCGGAUUUGAGCAACAUCAAGACGGAGCAGUCGGUGGGUCCAAGCCCAGUUAACACAGGCCCCCAAAAUGUGGCCAUGGGCAUCAAGUUCAUCCUGCCCAACCGCUUUGACAUGAAUGUCUGCUCAAGAUUUGUGAAGUCGCUCAACGAGGAGGACAGCAAGAACAUCCAGGACCAGGUCAACUCUGAUCUGGAGGUGGCUUCUGUUUUAUUCAAAGCUGAGUGCAACAUCCAGACCUCACCUUCCCCGGGUAUACAAGUGCGCCAUGUGUACACCCCCUCCACCACCAAGCAUUUCUCCCCCAUCAAACAGUCCACCACACUCACCAACAAACACAGAGGCAAUGAGGUUUCUUCCACACCUCUUUUGGUGCAUUCUUUGUCCAUUCAUCAGCUUGCAGCCCAGGGUGAGAUGGUGUUUCUGGCCAGCAGGAUUGAACAAGAGACUGUGAUCAAUCACCAAGAUGAAGAAGGCUUUACCCCCCUGAUGUGGGCCGCUGCACAUGGACAGAUCGCUGUUGUUGAGUUUCUGCUCCAAAAUGCUGCUGAUCCCAACCUCCUGGCCAAAGGCAGGGAGAGUGCCCUGUCCCUGGCCUGCAGUAAGGGGUACACUGAUAUUGUGAAGAUGCUCAUUGACUGUGGGGUUGAUGUCAAUGAAUAUGACUGGAAUGGAGGAGCCCCUCUGCUGUACGCUGUUCACGGGAACCAUGUGCGCUGUGUUGAAAUCUUGUUAGAGAGCGGUGCUGAUCCUACCAUUGAGUCGGACUCUGGAUUCAAUGCAAUGGACAUGGCUGUUGCUAUGGGCCACCGGAAUGUUCAGCAGGUGAUGGAGGCCCACUUACUGAAGUUACUGAUGGGAAUCAGAGAAUGAAAUGUGACAGUAAGGAAAACAAAUGCUGAAGGGAGGACGCUGGGCUCUGGACAAUCAUGGAGCACGCCCGGCUGUCCGUUAACAGGAAUGUUUUGUGCAUUCAGUGGACAUGAAAGUCUGUGCUGUGUGGAGUUAUUCACAUCAACCCAGCAUGCACUACACUCCAUUUUUAGUAUCCUUUACCCUGCCAAAUGUGCAGUGUAGGUUUGAUUUUGCUUUAAGUAAGCAUGAUUGUUUUGUUUUGAGUCUUUUAAUAUCAGAUAUGACAUUAUCAUCCAAGAAGUGUUUUUUUAAACUAACUUAUUAACCGUAAUAAGGAACAGUUUUGAAAAGAAAUUAAUGUUACAUGUUGAAUUGCCUCAUGUUCAUACCGUCUUCAUUGUGAGCACAUUUCUAAAGGUUCAUUUUGCUCCUCUAAGGACUACAGUGGGUGUAUCAAAAAUACAUUAUAACAUACUAGUUGUACGUUUAUGAUGCAGCCAAGCUGUUCGUUGAUCCUAAAGAUAUUUGAGUUGGUUGCCCUGAGUUUAUUUAUUUAAUAAUUUAGACGUGUUUUGAUGUGAAAACGUCAUCGUAUUGCUGUAAGUCUCUUGUUUUUGUAUAAUGUGAUUCUAAUGUCUGCUGUGUUGUGAUUUUAAAAAAAAAACUCACCUUGGUAAAACGUCCCACAAUAAUGUUAUUGUGUUGCUGCUUCAGUUUUAUACCAGACAUAAAUGGUUUAAAAA